AUGUGCAAUUCGUGGUCACCCAGACAUAAUGGUGACAUAUUUUCCGGUUUAAAUGACGGACUAAUCAGUAGGGCGGAAGCUUUGGCAGCCGUCGACAUCAAGCACCAAAGUUCGGGAGGACCUGGCGGUUUGCCACAGCUCAAGCACGACAUGAUGUACCAUCACAGUAUGACAGCACCACCCCCGGUUAGUAGACAACAUCAAAUGAGCCACAUGGACGGCUUAGAGAUGUUGGACCCCAUUUCAUCGUCUUCGAUGACCACAUUAACGCCUAUGUCGGAAACGCCGUCUCACAUGCAUUCCGCUUAUGGUACCAAUCAUUUUAUGAACCACCAUCACCACGGGGGACCAUUAUCAGGACACGGAGCACCAGCAGCGGCUGCUGCAGCUGUGGCUGGACUGCAUCCCGAUGCUGACACGGAUCCAAGAGAAUUAGAAGCUUUCGCUGAAAGAUUCAAGCAACGACGCAUCAAACUCGGCGUCACCCAGGCCGACGUCGGCAAGGCCCUCGCCAACCUCAAACUCCCCGGCGUCGGAGCCCUCUCCCAAUCAACAAUCUGCCGCUUCGAGUCGCUCACCCUCUCCCACAACAACAUGAUCGCCCUCAAACCCAUCCUCCAAGCCUGGCUGGAGGAAGCCGAGGCCCAGGCCAAGAACAAACGCCGGGACCCGGACGCCCCCAGCGUCCUGCCCGCUGGGGAGAAAAAGCGGAAACGCACCUCCAUAGCGGCGCCGGAGAAGCGCAGCCUGGAGGCGUACUUCGCGGUGCAGCCGAGGCCCAGCGGGGAGAAGAUAGCGGCCAUCGCCGAGAAGUUGGACCUGAAGAAGAACGUAGUGAGGGUGUGGUUCUGUAACCAGCGGCAGAAGCAGAAGAGGAUGAAGUUCGCUGCGCAGCACUGACCGGAAGUUAACUUCGGGUUUUAAGUGGUGGACGGGUGGUUUUGCUUCGUGUAAGUUUUUGUUUGUGGUUAUGUUUGGCGGGUAUAGUAAAAAAGGUACGUCAAAGAUGUAUUACAUGCGUUAUAGACGAUUUAU